CAUCCAACAAAAAGGAAGCCAAGUAAGGAGGUACCCAUUGUUUGUCUAGGAAAGUGUUUCUGCAUUCAGUACUGCUAAAAUACUUCAUAUUGCCUAUGGAAAUGGAAGAAAAGCGUCCAAUUGAUGAUGUGGAAGCUGGCAAUGCUGAAGGUAAUUCAGCUCCACCUUCUUACGGCACUGGGGGAUAUACUGAACCUCCAACUUACCAGCAAGCUACAGGUCCAAGUAACACAAAUACUUGUGACAAUGAGCAAUUAGUUGAUUCAGAAGAUGGUGUGCAUAUUCAUGAGCCUCCGCCAUCGUACCAGUCAUUGUUUGGUGAAAUCAAAGAAGCAAGACAAUCUGCCAGCUCAGUGUUUGAUUUUCUCAAGAAACUCCUCAUACUUCUCAUUGGAACCAUUGGUUGCACAAUUGCCCUUGGAAUCAUAAUGGCAAUUCCUAUUUCCAUGAUUGCAAUAGGAGCAACGUACAAACAUGACUGUCCAACUGAGAGAUACAUCCCAAUCUAUCUCAUUGUUGGAGGCUCAUUUGGCAUCGUACGUAACUUCAUAUCCUUAUGCAAAAGAGCUAAAAGAGAUCAGGAUGACGAGUCUGAAUCAAAACAGAGUCCAAUCUUGUCCAUUCUCGAUUGCUUCCUCUUCGCUUGGUUCAUAGCUGGUAAUGUUUGGAUCUACUCAAACUACAAACCAAGUUUUGAAAAAAGUUCAGGAGAUAGAUAUUGCGAUAAGACACUGUAUCUUUUCGCAUUUUGGUUAACUAAUGCCACUUACAUACUUAUAGGUGUGACAUGUCUAUGUAUGUGUUGCGCUGGGGUGUGUGCUGCUGUCAUGGGCUAGAAUGAUGGCCAAAUAAUAUCAGAGCAUACUAGUUAACUAGUUUGAUUACGAUCAGAGUUAACUAUAAGUAAAAUGGAUGAGAAUUGGAAGCACUCAAAUAUAAACAGCACAAAUUGAUGAAGAAUAACCUUGUUCCCUUCUUGGCGAAGUUAGAAUAUACUCUAUAGUAAGUAGAUGAUAAGAAUAAGUAAUGUCAGAUUCGAGUUUCACAGUGCACGUAAAUGAAAGAGAAAAAAAUUCUAAAGAGUGAUCAUGAAAAAUAAGUUAAGAAGUAAAAGGAAUCAAGGGAAAACUGCAGGUUGUAAGAAUAAUGAUCUUGGGUACCCGUAAAGUGUAAUUUAUCAUACGUA